AUGACUCUCCGCGUGGUGAGCAAGGAAGACGAUCGGACGCUGAAGUGCCACGUGAACAAUCACCACCGCCUGACCGACCGCAGGGGUAUCAACCUCCCAGGUUGUGAGGUGGAUCUGCCCGCCGUUUCCGAGAAGGACCGCAAGGACUUGGAGUUCGGUGUGGCACAAGGUGUUGAUAUGAUUUUUGCCUCGUUCAUCCGCACGGCUGAGCAGGUUCGUGAGGUGCGCGCCGCCCUCGGUGAGAAGGGAAAAGACAUCCUUAUCAUUUCCAAGAUUGAAAACCACCAGGGUGUGCAGAACAUUGACUCCAUCAUUGAAGCGAGCAAUGGCAUUAUGGUUGCUCGUGGUGAUCUUGGCGUCGAGAUCCCCGCCGAGAAGGUGUGUGUGGCGCAGAUGUGCAUCAUCAGCAAGUGCAACGUGGUGGGCAAACCUGUCAUCUGUGCCACGCAAAUGCUCGAGAGCAUGACGUCAAACCCCCGCCCCACACGUGCCGAAGUAUCCGAUGUUGCCAAUGCUGUUCUCAACGGAGCCGACUGUGUCAUGCUUUCCGGUGAAACGGCCAAAGGGAAGUACCCCAACGAAGUGGUACAGUACAUGGCUCGCAUCUGUGUCGAGGCGCAGAGCGCAACGCACGAUACUGUUAUGUUCAACAGCAUUAAGAACCUGCAGAAAAUCCCCAUGUGCCCCGAAGAGGCCGUUUGCAGCAGCGCCGUCGCCUCUGCAUUUGAGGUACAAGCCAAGGCAAUGCUCGUGCUAAGCAACACGGGCCGAAGUGCUCGCCUCAUCAGCAAGUACCGCCCGAACUGCCCCAUCAUUUGUGUCACCACACGUCUGCAAACGUGCCGUCAACUCAACGUGACGCGCUCCGUCGUGAGUGUUUUCUACGACGCCGCAAAGAGUGGUGAGGACAAGGAUAAGGAAAAGCGCGUGAAACUCGGUUUGGAUUUUGCGAAGAAGGAGAAAUAUGCCAGCACUGGAGACGUGGUGGUUGUCGUGCAUGCCGACCACUCUGUGAAGGGGUACCCGAACCAAACUCGCCUCAUCUAUCUUCCUUAA